AUGCGCAUCACGGAGCUCAUCAUCGAUGGCUUCAAGUCCUACGCGGUCCGUACGGUCAUCUCGGGCUGGGACCACACUUUCAAUGCCAUUACUGGCCUGAACGGAUCGGGCAAGUCGAAUAUCCUAGAUGCCAUCUGUUUCUGCCUAGGCAUCGGCAAAUUCGAACUGCUUCGCGCAAGCGGCGGCGCCAGUGACCUCAUCUACAAACGUGGCCAGGCUGGUAUCACGAAAGCAUCCGUCACGCUGGUCUUCGACAACAGCGACAAGGCGAAAUCACCCAUCGGGUUUGAGGAUUAUGGCAGCAUCAGCGUCACGAGGCAGAUCGUGCUCGGAGGCACGAGCAAAUACCUCAUCAAUGGACACCGAGCCCAGCAGCAGACUGUGCAGAAUCUCUUCCAGAGUGUACAGCUGAACAUAAACAACCCCAACUUCCUGAUCAUGCAGGGGAAAAUCACCAAGGUCCUCAACAUGAAGAGCACGGAAAUUCUGGGCAUGGUCGAGGAGGCGGCCGGUACGCGUAUGUUCGAGGACAGGCGCGAGAAGGCGCUCAAGACCAUGAACAAGAAGCAGGCCAAAGUGGAAGAGCUCGAAGGACUCUUGAAAGAGGAGAUUGAACCAAAGCUUGACAAGCUGCGAAAUGAGAAGCGAGCAUUCUUGGAAUUUCAGAGUACACAAAGCGAUCUCGAACGGCUGACAAAGCUGGUCGUGGCGUACGAUUAUACCAGGUCGAAGCAGAAAGUACAGCAAAGCGCGCAGGACCUGGUCGAGAAGAAGCAGCGCGUCACACACCUCGAAGAGAAUGCUGAAAAGCUGCGGCGAGAAAUUGGUGUGCUUGAAGAGGACAUGGAGAAGGUGCGCGCAGCACGAGACAAAGAACUUCGAAAGGGCGGCAAAUUUGCGAAGCUGGAAGAGGCCGUAAAGGAGUACUCGAAGGAGCUUGAGCGACUGAAGACUGUGGUCGAGCUGAAGCAAGGCUCAAUCGCGGAAGAGCAGGAGCGGUUGCAGAAAGCACAAGCGUCUGUGAAAGAUCUCGAGAAGCAGAUCAAGCAGAAGACUGAGGCGCAUCAACAACUGCGGGAACAAUUUGAGACCUCGAACAAACAGAUCGAGGAGCAGAAGGAUGAGGUCGACCAGAAGGAGGAGUUACUCCAAACACUCCAGACAGGUAUCUCUUCCAAUGCGGGUUCAGACGGUGGAUAUGCUGGACAGCUUACCGCGGCGCGCGACAAUUCCAGCAAAGCCGGCACAGAAAUUGAGCAAGCCAAGCUGAAGAUCACGCAUCUGGAGGCACGAAUCAAGGAGGACGAACCUCGCGCAAAGAAGGCAGAGAAGGAGAAUGCCGGGCUGCUCAAAGACCUCGAAUCGCUCCGGACGCAAGCUGCCAAGCAUCAGAAAGAGCUCGAGAAGCUCGGGUUCGAGCCAGGUAGAGAAGAGGAGCAACAAGCACAGAAGACGCAGUUGGAGAAGCGAAUACGGCAUCUGCAAGGUGAAGCAGACAAUUUUCGGAGACAAGUCCAAGGAUUGGACUUCUCUUACUCGGAUCCAGAGCCCAACUUCGACAGAAGGCGUGUCAAGGGUCUCGUGGCUCAGCUUUUCAACUUGCCAGCCGACUCAACAGAAGCGAGCGUAGCUUUGGAGAUCUGCGCAGGAGGGCGUCUCUAUAACGUGGUUGUUGACAGUGCAAAGACUUCUUCAGCACUUAUUGACAACGGCAAACUACGACGACGUGUGACUAUUGUACCUCUGGACAAAGUCGAUGCGCAUCGAGCUCCAUCGGAUCGUGUCAACAAUGCACAGAAGCUGGCUCCUGGCAAGGUACACUUGGCCAUCAACCUCAUUGGCUAUGCACAUGAAGUCGAAAAAGCCAUGGAGUAUGUCUUUGGCAACACGCUGGUGUGCGCUGAUCCUGCAACUGCCAAGAAGGUCACAUUCGACCCGUCGGUCAGGCUCAAGAGUGUGACUGUCGAAGGCGACGUCUACGACCCAAGCGGUACCCUCUCUGGAGGUUCGGCAGCAUCAGGCAGUGGCGUCUUGUUGAAGUUGCAAAAGCUCAACGCUAUCACUUCUGAGCUCGAGCAGGAAGAAUCGAAACUUACUGCGCUGGAGAAUGCCAUCUCGAAAGAUGCGCAAAAGCUCAAGAGCGGUAGACAACUCAAGCAAGAUUUAGAUCUCAAGACCCACGAGAUCCAGCUGGCCGAAUCACAGAUCGCUAGCAAUUCAUCGAGUAGUAUCAUCGCCUCUGUCCAGGAGAUGAAGGAGACGAUCGCUGCCUUGAAGGAAAACAUUCAGACAGCCAAGAAGCGACAGUCUGAAGCUGAGCAAGAUGCAAAGCGCAUCGAGAAAGACAUGAAAGAUUUCUCCUCAAACAAGGGCGCCAAGCUUGAGCAGCUGCAAGGCGACCUUGACAAGUUGAAGAAGGCACUAGCUAAGGCACAGGGCUCGAUCAAGCCGCUGCAGCAGGAAGUACGUGAUGCAAACAUCGAUGCUGAACAGACUGGCAGCGACUUGUCUGCGGCGCAAGAAGAGCAGCAUGAUGCCGAGACUACACUCAAAGGCCACGAAGAGGAGCUGCAGGCUAUCCAGAAAGAAGGCCGACAAGUGACUAGACAACACGAAGAAGCCGAGGCUGCUCUCAACGACGAGCGCAAGAAGCUGAGCAGCUUUGAUGACGAAAUCGCAGACCUCGAGCAUGCCUCGAAACGGAAAGCGCAGCAGAUCUCGGACGAAAAGUUAGAGUCACAGAAGCUCGGCCAUGCCAUCGACAAUUUCGUCAAGGCGCAGCAGGGAGCGCAGCAAGCUGUGACCAUGCUGGAGAAGGAGCACGACUGGAUUCACGAAGAACAGAACUCUUUUGGUAAGGCUGGAACUCCAUACGACUUCCACGGCCAGGAUAUCGCUCAGAGCAAGUCGAAUCUCAAGAACGUUACCGAGCGCUUUCAGGGGAUGAAGAAGAAAAUCAACCCGGCUGUCAUGGCGACGAUCGAUAGUGUCGAGAAGAAGGAAACGGCUUUGAAGCAGAUGAUGAGGACGGUCAUCAAGGACAAGAAGAAGAUUGAGGAGACGAUUGCCACACUUGACGAGUACAAGAAGGAGGCACUUUACAAGACUUGGUCCAAGGUCAACGAGGACUUUGGUCUGAUUUUCAACGAUCUGCUGCCUGGUAACACGGCGAAACUCGAUCCACCUGAAGGCAAGGAGAUCAGUGAUGGUUUGGAGGUGAAGGUAUGUCUGGGCAAGGUCUGGAAGCAGUCUCUCACGGAGCUGUCUGGUGGUCAAAGAUCUCUGAUCGCCCUCUCACUCAUCUUAUCCCUGCUGCAGUACUCGCCGGCACCGAUGUACAUCCUGGACGAAGUCGACGCUGCUCUCGAUCUGUCACAUACCCAGAACAUCGGUCGCCUCAUCCGGACGAGAUUCCGAGGCAGUCAGUUCAUCGUCGUCAGUCUGAAAGACGGCAUGUUUGGGAACGCGAAUCGCAUCUUCCGGACACGAUUCAUGGACGGCACUUCAGUGGUCCAAGCUCUCACGCCCGCGGACAUGAAGUGA